GACAGCCAUGAGCUAAUCAUGGAGUGGCUCCCAGCUUCUCGCUGACUCUCAGCGUGUAUACGGUAGAAAAGACGCGAGCUCUUGCCAGCUCAAUGAGGAUGCAUAUGCAAGGGUGUAAUGCCGUGAGAUCUAGCACGCUGAGCUGAUCAGGAAGUCACCUGAGCGAAUCCAACUGUAAUGCUGUCAAUCAGCAAGUCAUAUAGCGCAUCUGCAAGGCACCUUACUUAUGGUAGGUUCUUGCAGUUAGUCUGGGGUUGACUCUCAACUCGUACACCCUCGGAUCUUUGAUGCUUUAACACCUAGAUUGGUGUGUGUGAUUAACGUAUCUGAAGUCAUACCAACUAUAGACAUGUUUGAAGAAUCACUAAACCCAUUUUUCGGAGCAGCUGUAACCAUCUUGAAGCAGAUCCUCAACCAAUCCUUGGCAAGUGGCAUAGAAGUGCAGAGAGUCUUUCCGCGAAUCUUCAGCUCUUUGGCACUGCCGCUUGCACCGCCGUUUGUCCACCCACCAGCAGAACUAGAAAUGGCAGAGAGUAGUGCAAACACCACCAUGAUGGGCGUCGCAGCUGCCGUAGUAGAUGCGUGCGCUGUCGCUGAAGAAGAGGAAGGCACCUGCUAUGACCCCUACCAAGCAAAAGUCCUCAGCAUUGUAUCAAUCUUUGUCAUUUUGGUAGCGAGCGCUAUUGGCGUGUUCUUGCCGCUCUUUGGGAAGAAGUGCCUCAAGAGCUGCCAACCUGGGAGCUUCGUGUUCAUUGUUGGAAAAUGCUUCUCCUCCGGGAUCGUCCUUGGGCUCGCCUUCACGCACGUCCUCUUUGACGCCGUUGAGAAGCUCCAAAGCGAGUGCCUAAGUGACACCUGGCACAAAUUUCCGUGGGCCUUCUUCAUUGCCGCCCUUGGAGUAGUUGGCAGCCUCGCACUUGAAUUGUUAACCGUCAGUUUCCACGAACUGAUCACCGGUAACGAGUCCCUAAACAUUCUCGCCAAAGCGCACCACCAUGAGGCGGGACAGUCCACGGAGAAGCAAGCAGCGGUGGUUAGCGCUGAGCCAACCGAUGGCAUCUUCGAACAGGUGGCAGUUGAUGAGAGGGGGUGGACUAAAGAGGAGGCCGCCGCAGCAAAGGCGCUUCGGCGGAAACGAGUAAUUGCUGAGGUCCUCGAGAUUGGCAUCGUGACGCACUCAGUCCUUGUCGGGCUCGGCCAGGGAACUAGCACCAACAAGUGCACCGUCACGACUCUACUGGUCGCCCUCAUUUUCCACCAGAUCUUCGAAGGGAUUGCACUUGGCAGCUGCAUCGUAGAGGCAGCGUACAGCCUUACGACCACUCUGUUGUUCGGAGGGCUGUUCGCGAUCACGACACCCUUUGGGAUUGCUCUGGGGCUUGCGAUCAGGUCCUCUUACAACGACCUGUCCGCUUCGUCCCUCAUCACGGAAGGCAUAUUCAACUCGGUGACUGCCGGCAUUUUGGUAUACAUGGCGACCGUGGACCUUAUCGCCCACGACUUCUUUAGCGAGACCAUGCUCAAGAGCCGAAAGACGCUCUGGUGCAGCUACGGCGCGCUUGUGGCGGGGCUUGGCUGCAUGUCGGCAAUCGCGUAUUGGGCUUGAUAUGGCAUGGCGUAUGAUGUCCAUCUGCACGUACAGAGGGUCCGGCGGCACCUGGGGGAGCCGCUUUCCUCGUACUCAGAUCUGGUUGUUUUGAGUCAUUUAGAAUCAAGGGUCUGUCCGACUCUGGGUCUGCAAGAACACGUAAAUCAUUAUCCUCUUUUGAAAGUUAAGUAUGGUAUACAUCAAUGUCCAAUUAACGUUGGCUACUUCAGUUGGUCGGGUCGAUGCUGGCAUGCAAGCAUUGUGAAUCUUGGGCCUGACUACAUACUACAUAUAGCCAACGAAGGCUUGUCGGAAGGCUCAACAAGAGUAUAGUUCAUUGUCAUGGUCCAUGCUUUCCGAGCGCACACUAUCAAUCAAAGAGCUACUACCGUACUGUAAGACUGUGGAUUUGAAGAGCGAAGAGUUGUACGUAUAUCAUCAAAAUAAGACUUGAUCGACCAUGCAGCCUUACUCAAUUAAAGUCACCUGC